AUGGUUCUUGCUAGCGCAUUUCUCCCACUCACGUCAACUCUGCGAUGUUAUAAAUGUCGAGACAAUUCCGGAGACCAAUGCGGCGAUCCAUUUAACAGGAACGGGAUCGGAGUCGUUGAGGUGACAGCAGUUAACAAUUAUUGUUGGAAAAUCGAAGCUCAAGUUGGCAAUGCCAAAGGACCUACAAUUGAAGGUGGAACUUUUCUAAAAUAA